UAUAACGAGGUUCUGCCAACACAUACACACACACACACACACACACAGAAUGGUGCUCGGAUGAGCCCAGUGCAGAGACAGACUGGGGCUGUGCAUCAGAGGACAACUUUCAGCAGUGACCCCCGGACGGAUGGGCUCCUUCUGAUUUGGACUAAACUGCGAAUAAUGCAGACGCCCCGGGACUGAAGGUUCAGCUUGAUACAGAGUGGGCCCGGGACCAGAUUUGGACAGGGUUUGGGUCGAGGUUCCUUCUGUUGCUUUCGUUCCAACAUUGUCAGCAGAAUGAGAGUAGCACUUGGCUAUGUGCUGGUAUCUGUUUGUGCCCUGCUGCUCAACACAAGGGUCUGCCAUGCCAUUCGAUGGCUUGCUCUGGCCAGGACUGACCCAGCAAUGGCCUUCAAUCAGACCCAGAACUGCAAGCACCUAGAAGGUCUGGUCUCAGCUCAGCAACAACUGUGCAGGAGUAAUCUGGACCUCAUGCAGAGCAUCAUCCAAGCAGCUCGAGACGUCAAGAAAACAUGCCAGAAAACUUUCUCUGACAUGAGGUGGAACUGCUCCUCAAUCGAGCUGGCUCCCUACUUCCCACCCGACCUGGAGAGAGGUACCCGAGAGUCAGCGUUCGUCUAUGCUCUCUCCGCUGCGGCUAUCAGCCACACCAUAGCCAGGGCCUGCACCACAGGAGAUCUCCCAGGCUGCUCCUGCGGACCCUUAGCUUCCGAGGCUCCCGGGCCAGGAUUCCGGUGGGGCGGCUGCAAUGACAACCUGAACUACGGAAUUGUGCUGGGAUCCAAGUUCUCCGAUUCGCCAAUGAAGAUGAAGAAAUCCGGAUCGCAAGCGAACAAACUGAUGAACCUGCACAACAGUGAGGUUGGACGGCAGGCCCUGAAGGCGUCUCUGGAGAUAAAAUGCAAGUGUCACGGGGUCUCGGGCUCGUGCUCGGUAAAGACGUGCUGGAAGGGGCUGCAAGAACUUGGCAGCAUUGCCCAGGAUCUCAAGCUGAAGUACCUGUCAGCCACGAGGGUGGUCCAUCGCCCAGUGGGCACCCGGAAACAGCUGGUCCCCAAAGACAUCGACGUCAGGCCCAUCCGCGAGAACGAGCUGGUGUACCUGCAGAACUCGCCGGACUUCUGCACGAGGAAUGAGAAACUGGGCUCCAAUGGAACUCAAGAGAGGCAGUGCAACAAGACAUCCAGCGGCAGCGAUAGCUGUACCCUGAUGUGCUGCGGGCGGGGCUACAACCCUUACAUGGAGAAGGUGGUAGAACGUUGUCAUUGCAAAUAUCACUGGUGUUGCUACGUGACGUGCAAAAGGUGUGAGAGGAUAGUGGAGAGGUACGUCUGCAAGUGACCCCUUCUCCCAUUCUCCCCCCCUCACCCCCAAAACCCCCAGCCCCAACCCUCCCUUGCAAUCGCUGACCCUCCCCACCACCCAAAGCCCCAAUCUUGAAUGCUCUUCCGGAAAGAUCUGCAGGGACACUGGAUGCAAUAAAUCGACAAGGCACACCUUGAUGGUUCUGAAUGGGUCAACUCCUAGUUUCGCCUUUCAAGUGGCUCACUGCCAACGUGGCAGAUGCUUUUGGAGCUGAGUGCGCUGGAUAACAUUCUUUUAGAAAGCCCUGGUCCGGCUUCUCUCUCUGUUUGAGGAAGGAGGAGGAGAUGGAAGACAUCAAUAAACGGAAAACAGUUGUUGCGGUGUAGAUAACUCUUCAAUCCUCCACUGUACAGCCUUCCCCCACUAACCCCACUCCCCUCCAACCACCCUCCCUUCUAGCCCAAAGGGAACACCCAAUCACUCAAACUCCUUUGCAGCCACCUCUUCUACCUCUCUCUUUCCCCCUUCCCCUCCCCUCCCACUGCCACAUUGAUAAAGAUGGCUGCGGGCGAUGGUGGGGUGAAUCCUCAAGUAACUGCUACAGUUUGGCCCAGAGUUGGGUUUCACCUCACAGCUGGAGAAGGAACACAAAGGCUCCUGCUUUCGACAUAGCGGGUGAGGGACGUUGGCUGGUGAAGUAGCAAAUCGCGGAGAAAAUUAGGGAAAUCCAGCACGCGGGCAAGGGUGAAGCUGUCAGAAUCAGGGUUGCGGGGUGGUGGUGGUGGAGUGGUGGAGGGGUUGCACGGAGAGGUCCAGGAGAAAGCGUACCUGCUACAGAAGAUGGAGCUUCGAAGCUGGAGCGGGUAUAUCCCAGAGAAGCCCAAAUAGGUUCUGAGGCAGCUCCAUCUCUUUCAGAUGCAGGGAUUCGGGAAACCCCAGGUAUAGGAAUCAUAGUUUCUCAUCAGACACAGACACUUGCCAAGCUCCUGAGCAGUGGUAAUGGCAAGGCAGGGUUUCAUAGCUCUCUGGCAGUGACUGUACAUAUGUAAUCUGUAAAUAUAUUUUCUACCACUGGCUACAAGAUAAUUUUUUUUUAAAUUCUGAAAAAAAGUAAUAUUUAUGAGACUUUAGAAUUCUAAGUUUUUUUUGUGGAUACUUAAAUAUAAAAGGUUUUUGUGAAAACAAUGUCCUAUGUUUUCCCUCUUAAAAACACUUUUAAAUAAAAUACAUUUUUAAAA